AUGCCCUCGAUCUUCCGUCCAGACCCGGCGGACAUCCCAGGAACGUACUACGAUUUGCCCAGCAUAAGGGCUAAUAUCGACGAACUUCAUGCCCAUUCUGACCACUCGAUUGUUUCCGCUGUCUGGCUGGACAUACUGCGGGAGCAACUUCCUGUCGAAGACUUCUACCACAUCCGCCCAGAGGAGGACACGGAGGCUGGAGAACACCGCCGGUGGCAACCGGAAGGAACAGGGCAUUCUUUGUUAUCCCGUCGAAGGGUGCCACAUACGAACGCGACCAAAGGGAGUGGCAAAAAGGCGUCGUCCAGCUUGCUGGUUAUCUAUCUGGGAUGGUUGGAAACAGGCGGGGGGGCAGCGAGAACACCAGCCUAUGGAGCGAUUGCAGUUGGUCGUUAUGUUCGUUUUUUGAGAUGGUCGUAUGAGGAGAGGACUGUUGAGCAUUGGGUGCCCGGAGAUUGGUCGCCAGCGUAUUGUAUUGGACGCGACUGGCGUGAGAUUCAGCAUGUCCUUGAUGAGAUUCUGGCGCUGCACUAGAACGUGCAUAGUGUUUUGUUUCUGGUGGGAAAGAAAGAC